CUGGCAAAUCAGCCCCUCUGUUAAGGCUUCCGUUAAAUUUAACAGUCCGCUCACAAGCCCUUCCUCUGUGUCUGACGUGGUCUUUUUUUGCUGAGGUGGAGGCACACCUGGACAAAUACGUCAAAAUCAGCAUCGGAAUGCAAGCAUCACUUUCUUCUCUCUUCCCGUUAAAACCUCCAAAGGUCUGCCAAACUCAGACGAAGAAACUUCAGCAGAUGCUCAGCCCUCGUUGUUUUCUCUGGCUGGAUGUGACCAAUACUAGUUAGACUAUUUAGGACAUUCCCCAUGUUUGAAAGUCCUGGAGCAUCUCAUAGUCCUCAUCUUCGCAAGCUUGGCAACAGAGCUGUUGUCUCGGACCUAGGUGAACUAAACUUUUCGUGACAGUAACCAACUCACCGUGAUUAGUUUGCAUCUUUACUUUGCUGUAUUUAUGCAAUGUAUAUUUUGAGUCUGUGGCAUUGGAACUGAAUAAAAUAAUGAUUUAAGA